AUGGAUCCCUUUGCAAAACUCCCGACAGAAAUCAUUUUGCUGAUUCUCGAGUCCUGCUGUGACUUUACCAGCUUAGACGGUUUACAACAAAUAUCCUCCCGAGCAGAGCAGGCAUUCAACGCCUCUUAUAAGACUAUCACGGAACACGUCCUGAAAAAAUGUUCUUUAACCUCGGAGGGACUCCACAAUGAAUUCACGCUCCUAGCCUCUAUCGAGUCUACGGAAUACACCCCCAUCGCCUUGCUAGAACGGCUCGAUAGCUUGUCGGGGGGUGCCGUGCGGCCUAUCUCCAUUUCCUCAACAAACUCACUAGCUGCGGUGCGCCAGGCUGUAAGCACAGCGGCAAAAAUUCACCUUACUGCCUGCGCUUGUCUCCAGCAUCUCUUCGAUCGUCUUGAAUCCGCAAAGCCCCGCCGUCCAAUUGCUCCUGCGGCAGAGAUCAUAGAGAUAAUGCAUGGAGAACUUCCACAAUUUGGUGGUGAAACAUCCCAAUUUGCGAUAGAUCCACCCUCAUGGAUCGAAACUCAUCGAACACAUCGCGGCCUCUGGGAUCUAGAACUCUUCCACCACAUUUAUAAUGCCGCAUCAAUACGCUGGUCAUGGUCUUCCCAUGAGCUGGAAUUCUUCACUGAACAAUACGUUGAAUGGUAUCGGCUUGAGUGGGGCCUUGAAGGAAUCCGGACGAUCUCCGAGUGCGUAGCCGAUCUAUGUUCUCCUGAGCCAAGUGAUCUCAGUCAUCGAUUUCCAUUUCUUAUUGCAAUUCCAUCACCAGCCACUUUGAAGCUGCGAGUAUGCUGGUCUUUGCCAGCGGCUCCCAUUGAUAUUCAGGUUGAUUCGACAUGGGGUCGACGUCGAUCUACGGCGAAGGGCAGAAAUGAGGUGUCUCAUUAUUACAAUGCGCUUGGUGGUGGAGAUAAAGGCCCUAAUAACCCUCUCUGGAAAUUAGAUUUCCGAGCAUUUCGACGACUCGGUAUACCUCUCUGGGAAGGGUGGCGAUUAUAG